ACUUGUUUUAAAGCCGAUAUAACCAUGCAACCUCAUGUAUUAAGUCACUCCGUCCAAGCAGCGACGUCGUCAGCCCAGAACAGCUCUUCCCAAUAUUCAAGGCGCACCUUGCUAAUCUUAUCCAAAGAUGUAUUUUCUCCUUUUCACAGUAUUCUCCAUAUUCAUAGUGCGUAAUGUUGACGCUUGGGGAGCAAGUGUCAAGUACGCAGUGAACUGCCCGGAGCGGUGCAAUGUGGACCUGUGCGGCUUGACGCAGCGCUGCAGACGGACAGUGCUGGAUGACUGCGGUUGUUGCCAGGUCUGUGCGGCAGACAGAGGGGAACACUGCUACCGCACUGUGUCUGGGAUGCACGGAGUCAAAUGCGGACCGGGAUUAUUCUGCGAGUUCUACAAAGAUGAGGACGACUAUGGAGAUGAAUAUGGCAUUUGCAAAGGUAGGCUAUAUUCACCAUGACACACAAUAUGCGCAAUCGCGCAUCAUAAAUGCCUGACUGUUUCAUUACCGUUAUUCCAAAGUGAUCUAUAGUUUCUGUGUUCAUAGCAUUCCUAAAAGUUCCCAUAAUGAAUAAGAUGCCUACUGUGACAUGUUUCAUGUAGAUAUUAGUAUUUAUGUCAAAGUAAAUAUGUUUCUGCUGUACCAUAAUUGUGUAUGUUAUGCUUAGCUUUGACUGUGGCCUUGAUGAAUGCAAAGUUUUUCUAAUUGUGAUGUUUACUAUUUCUGCUCAUGUUGAUAGUGUUGAAGAGAACUGUAUCUGUAGGCUUAUAUCACUAUAAUGCAGAUCUGGCAAAUGACCAAGAGCGAGGAAUCAUGGACCUAUAGCAUUGACCAGAAGAGAAUAGAAAAUAAAUAUUGAUGGCCCGCUGACAUCCCCACUCCCUACUUCUGUCAAGUGCAAUAACAUUACAUUGUAUUCCCUCCCUUACAGAUUGCAUGUAUGGAACAUAUGGGGUGGAGUGUCGUAAAACAUGCCAUUGCAAAGCUGGAGGUAUCUGUGACAGAGAGACAGGAGCCUGCCUCACCUUCAAAUUCUUCACCAAAAUCGCCAGCAAGCUGAAGACACAGCACCCCAACGCAGGUAAGAGAUUGACAAAAUACUUAAAUGUGAGAGACACCCAAUGGGACACAGAUUCUGGACUAUGAAGCACUUCCAAUGGAGAUUAUCCAGUGCUUUUCAAUCCAGGUGAAGGCCUUAUCUUUGUCUGAGAAACUGUACGCUAGAGUAAAAAAAAAAAAAAAAAUACAUUUUAGCAUGUUUUGGAUACACAAUGUGGAGUAGCACUAAGCAAAGAUACAAUUACAAGCAAUCCAGUUAUGAAAAUGCAGUGUGUGUAUCUUUGUGAAGUAUUUGCAGUGUCAUAUCAUGUUGAAUAGAUAUUGACCAGGUGAUGUUUCUCGUUUUCAGGAAGUGAGCUUGGUUCAGGAGAUGACAGCACCGGUCUGAAUGGGGAAAGAUCCACUGCUCCAAAGUGGUUAACACCUCGCUGACACUCAUUAUCAAGACUUAGUUUAUUCUGUGUAAAUGUAGAAAGCAUAGUAGUAAAUUAAAUGAUUGAAGGAUAUAUUUUAUUAUGUAUUAUUAAGAAAACACAUUUUCUACAAGAUUAUUGAAUGUUUUGAACAUCUCUGUUGUGGUGUUUCUGUUUUAUACCAGUGCCCCAUCAUGUCUUAAGAGUUGUGUUGUACCAAACAAAGGGAGGUAAAAUGUACCAAAGUUAAAAUAUAUGUUAAUUCUACUUUUAUGCAAAGUAUGAAUAUAUCCAGAAUGUCUAUGAUGACCUCUAUCAUGAGCUAGCAAUCUAUCCAUACUGUAUUCACUGCUCCGUAAUUGAGAGAAUUUGGUUUAAUGAAAUGUUGUGCUCAUAUGAUAUGACCCCCAGGGACAUGGAAAUAUAAUCUCGUCCUUUUCUUCUAGAAGUAUCAACUGUGAUCUGCGCUUUCAAUAGUUUGUUUGUUUGAUCGAUUGAUUGUUCUUUACUGAGAAUCUCUUAUUUUUCUUUCACCUGUGACCACAUGGAACACUAUAUAUAUAUAUAUAUAUAUAU